CGAACGUACUGUAUUGGGUGUGUAGAAAAAACUACGAAAAAACCAGUUUUGCUCAUGUGCAUUUAUAUUCGUUUUCACCGGUUUUUUUCCGGGGAUUCCCCGGAUUCUCAACCUGGCACAAACAGAAGUCAGCUGACAGUUUAGUUCGCCAACGACGCAACUGCGACUUCAUUCUAACGCGCUAGUACUCAGUAAAAUUCAAUUAUUGUUCUUUUAAGUGAUAGAAAUUUAUUAGUCAGUUUUCAAUGGAAGCAAUAGUUAUUUAUGAGUAAUAGAAUUUUUGCUUUCCUCGCCCAAAUUGUUCAAAGUUUAGAUCGACAAUCUUUAGACCAUGGUCAAGCUAGUUAGGAUGUGAUCGAAGAAAAAUUUUGGAUGACCUUCUAACCUCAGUUUGGUUUAGUUUAGUUCCGGAUUUGCCAUUUCAUUGCCGGAUGCGGAUGAGACAAUUUUUAAUUACAAUUUGCAAACAGCAACAUUUACCUUUUUUGCUUAUUUGCAUGGGAGUUUGCAAUUUGAAAUUUUAAUUAGUGAGAAGCUGUUUUGCAAUUUAGGUAUUCCAAUUAUGUUCUAUUUGUGAUCAUAAAAUGUCUAAUUUUGAUCUGAAUGAUCUAUUAAGAAGAUUACCAGAAGCUAUUCAAGCACGUCGUGGAGGCCCUGGAGCUCUUCACUUGGAUAGAGGUGGUGGCAGAGGAGGCCCAAGAACAGGUGGAUUUCGUGCUGGGUAUGACAAUUUGGUGAGGCGAAUACCCCAAGGCGGAUUGGAAGGACAAGAUGGUGGACAGCGAAGAGAUCAAAGGGGCGGCAACCAUAAUGUAAAUCGCCCCAACGAUAUCCAAGGAUAUGGACGAGAUCGUAACCAGGGAAGAGGUCAACGGGGCCACCGCAGUAAUCAAAAUACUGGCAACGAUGGCCCAGAUCGUCCAAAUUUUUCCCACCAACAAAAUAAUAAUUCAGAACAUCGCAAUAAUGGCCCUAGACGUGAAAGAACCAUGGGAUUCCAAUAUGUUCUAAGUCUAGUAGAGAAUCCUGACAUACAACAAGUCAUGUUUGAAAUAUCCGAUGAUAGAAAAGGCUUUAGCAAACUACUAGACAGCAAGGAAUUGUCCAAUGAUUUGAUUGUAUUGUUAGUCAAAUUAAUCCGCAAUGUAUGCGAUUCGACAUUUCAGUCAGUUAAACUCAAUCUAUUGAAUGCAGCACUGACCAGUCGAUUUAUGGAAAAGUUGAUAGUUUUUAUAACAAGUAUUGCUAGUCAGACUGAUCGAGAUAAAAAAUUCAACAAACAUCUCUGGAAUGACCCUGACGAAUUUUGGAAUGCUCUACUAGAUAUAUCAAAAACUGUACAGGAGUUGACCCCAACUAAUGGCACUCACAUAAAGCGACUUUUGAAAACCAUGACAGUUUUUUUUCCUUUGAUUGAAAGUGAACAUUCAAUGCAUAUUUCAGAUAGUCUCAAGGCAAAAACAGUAAGUUUAUGUGAAUUAGUUGAGAAGACUAUAAGCGAUUUGGAAGUCAAGAAGCAACGUACACUCAAUGAUAUUCGAUCAGAUGACGAUUUGGAGCCUCCUGAUGAUUUUCAUCAGAUUCCAAUUAUUCCAAGUGUGCUAGAAGUUAUUUCGGAAGAACGUCCAUUUCUACGAGCCAAUAUUGUUGAUAAAGCUUAUAAAAGCAUCAAUGAUUAUUUGGAUAUUCAGUUCAGAUUGCUAAGGGAAGAUUUUGUAGCUCCUCUACGCAGAGGAAUUUGCACUUAUCUCAGAAAUCAGAACUUACCGAAAAAUGAGCAAAAAAAAUUAGACAGUAUCAAAAUUUACAAUCCCAUCAGAUUUGUGAGCGUCGAAGCAGUAAACGAAUGCAACUGUUACAAAAUGCGGUUCGAUUUCAGCAUGAAAAAGCAAAAUUUCACUUACGAGAAUUCUAAAAAAUUUAUGUUUGGAUCGUUGGUUUGCUUCACCAAUGAUAAUUUUCAAAGUUUGCUUUUCGGCAAGAUAGUUCAGAGGGAUGCAAAGCUAUUGGAAGCGGGACUAUUGAUUGUGGGAUUUCAAGGAGAAGUACAGGUUAAUUUUGAAACCGAUUACCUCAUGGUGGAAUCCAGUGUUUAUUUCGAACCAUACUAUCAAGUACUGAAUGUUCUCAAACUUAUGAAAACCGACAGUUUUCCUAUGGAACGAUACAUUAUAAAUGUCCAGGCUAGCUCUCGUCCUCCAGAUUAUUUAUGGACUCAGGGCGCAAUUUCCUAUACAAUCGAGUCGAAUACAAUUGAUCCGUUGAAUUUUCCCCAUAGAAGGUUUUACAGUUUGAAUGAUUCCCAACUAACUGCCUUCAAGGCCGCUCUUACGGAAGAGUUUUGUAUUAUACAAGGGCCUCCUGGCACAGGAAAAACAUAUUUAGGCCUAAAAAUCGCACACACUCUACUUCAUAACUCGACCGCGUGGUACCGACAAUCGCCCAUUUUGGUAAUUUGCUUCACCAAUCAUGCUUUGGAUCAAUUUCUUGAAGGAUUAUUACCAGUCACUGAAAAUAUUCUGAGAGUAGGAGGGCAGUCGAAAAAUGAAACUCUCAAACAAUACAAUUUAAACGUUAAAAGAACUGCAACGGGUCGACAAGGGCAACAUGCAGCAGUUGGUCAAAAAAGACGCGCCAUUAGAGAUUAUGUGGAACAAUCAAAAACUAUUAAUAAUAUUUUGAGUGAUAUUGAUGCCAAUGAAAUUAUAUUGAAUUUUGCUUGCUUUAAGAAUGUAGUUGAUAAUUUCGAAGGUUCUUGGUUUGAUGAGGCCAAUCCUGACGAUAUUAUCAAGUGGCUUUUGGAAGGAAAAAAUAAACGUGCUGCUGGGAAUAGAAAUAAUCGCCGAAAGGAACCAAUUAUGGAAGAAAAUGAAGCUGCAGCUGAAAGACCUGAGGACUUCUAUCAAGAUAAUGAUCGUGAAAAUGAAGGUCAAGACGAACUUUUUAGCGACAUUGUUACCAAACUUGACAGGCAGGGUCAUCUAAUAAAGUUGCAAAGUUUGAGAGACAAGCUAGAUAGGUGUUACGAGGAGCUGGAACGUUUGGAAACAAUGCCACGGCGAUUGGAAUUUUUGUUGCAUCGAGAAAAAAUUGAAUUAGAGGUUCAGGAAACUGAGACUGAUUUGGAGUAUCUUACGACUAAAAUGGAGUAUUACAAUGAUCCAAUGCACCGCACAAGACCACGUAAAAUUGACUUUCAAAAUCCAUUUACAAUGCUUCCAGAUAAGAGAUGGGAGCUGUACUAUUAUUGGUUAAAUCUUUAUGCUAAUGAUUUAAGAAAACAAUACGAAAAUAAAAGCGAAAUAUACCGCACCAUGUACCAAGAAUACAGUCAACUUCGCGAUAUGGAAGAUACCCAACUGAUGACCCAACAUUUGGUUGUAGGAAUGACCACUACUGGAGCUGCUAGGCUGCAAUCUACCUUGCAGGCUUUAAAAAGUCCAAUCGUAAUAGUGGAAGAAGCAGCCGAGGUCCUGGAAGCCCACAUAGUAGCUGCAUUGACUAAUCAUUGUCAACAUUUGAUUUUGAUUGGUGAUCAUUUGCAACUGAAGCCUGGAGCAGCUGAUUAUCAUAUUGAGACUAAAUUUAAGCUCGGUAUAAGUUUAUUUGAAAGAAUGGUUAGAAAUAACAUAAAAUGCCACACUCUUAACGUUCAACAUCGUAUGAGGCCAGAGAUUUCCAGACUAAUUAAACCUCAUAUUUAUCGAGAUUUGACUGAUCACGAGUCCACAUUGCAGCGAAAUCCGAUCAUUGGAGUUGAAAAGUGUCUUUACUUUAUUGACCACCGAGAACCUGAGAAUACUUGUCAAGACUCAAGCAAGAAAAACAUACAUGAAGCAAAAUUUUUGAUCGCCCUAGCUCGACAUUUGAUUUUGAAUGGUUACAAACCUGAACAAAUUACUAUUCUGGCUGCCUAUCUAGGGCAGUUAUUUGAAAUGAUGCGCGAAAAGAAAAAGUACGAAAACAAACUUCUAUUACAGGAUGUUCGAAUUUCUGUGUUGGAUAAUUAUCAAGGAGAGGAAAGCGAUAUCAUUCUAUUAUCUCUCGUCAGAAGCAAUGCAGACAAUAAGGCCGGAUUCCUGAGAAUCCAAAACAGAGUUUGUGUGGCUCUGUCCAGAGCCAGAAACGGAUUUUAUAUAAUGGGAAAUAUGUCGCUUCUAUUAAAAUCUGACAGUGAAAAUAAAAUUUGGGAAAAAGUGAAAGAAGUACUAGAAGAACAAAACGCUAUCGGUAAUCAAUUAAAUCUCAGAUGUCAAGUGCACCGUCACAAAUUGACGCAGGUUCGUUCCAGUAAAGAUUUUGUGAAGUUGAGCGAAGGCGGCUGUGAUUUGUUGUGCCAAGCCAGAGUAGGAUGUGGACAUAUUUGUAAGAGAUUAUGCCAUGUGCAAGACAGAGAUCAUCAACUGUAUAAAUGCAAUGAAAGAUGUGGCAGAUUACUGUGUAAUGAUCACACCCACCAGUGUCGGAAACUCUGCUACCAAGAAUGCGGUCCCUGCAGUUAUCUAGUAACUAGGAAACUGUAUUGCGGCCAUGUAGUGAGCAUAGCCUGCCAUAUCGAUCCGAUCAAGUACAAGUGCCAAGUACUGGUACCAACGAGGCUUGCAUGUGAUCAUGAGGUACCCAAGCCUUGCUUCCAGGAUCCCGAAGAGUUUGUAUGCCCCACUAAAUGCGAUACACGAGUGGAACCGUGCGGACAUUCUUGUUCUAGAUUGUGUCAUAUCAGGAUUGAUCCUGAUCAUUUGGAGUACAAAUGUCUAGAACCAUGCGCCAAACCGAGACAGGGUUGCAAAGAACCCCUAAACCAGAAACACAUAUGUCCCAAUUAUUGUUACGAAGAAUGCGAAGAAUGUACUAUUGGUGUAAUGAAAAUAAAAUCGUGCAGCCACAGGUUCAUUAUUCCAUGUAAGGAUGACGUGGAACAGAUUUUGUGUAAGAAACCUUGCAAGAAAAAAUUGAUUUGUGGUCAUCCUUGUAAGAGCCCAUGUUUUGAGGAUUGUGGCGCUUGCCAAGAGCUGGUUGAAAAAUCCAUCCCCGAUUGUGGACAUCCAGUUAAAAUAAAGUGUCAUAAGGCACCUGAAAGACGAUAUUGCCUCUCAAAAAUCUGUAACAGGCCGCUACCAUGUGGUCACAAUUGUAAAGAGGCUUGUAAAGAUACUUGUACCCAGAAAUGCAUGGAAAUGGUUGAGUGUAAUAAACAAACACCGUGUGGACAUAUUAUCAAGAAAAUAAUGUGUCACUUGAGAUUUGCGACCGAUCCCAAAAUGCUUCUCAAGUACUGCACAGAGCCUUGUCGUACAGAACUGGAUUGCAAGACCCGCGAGUUUCCGCACAAGUGCUCCGGCACGUGCGGUGAAUGCAUGCAGGGUCGUAUUCACAAGAGAUGCAACGAAAAAUGCGGGGUUCCUCUUGUGUGCAACCACGAGUGUCCGAUUCCUUGUCGACAAGCGUGCAAACCUUGUACUAGGCCCUGUCAAGUGAAGUGCGCCCAUAGCAAGUGCAAGAAAAAAUGCGGCGAACCUUGUACACCAUGUAUGGCCAGUUGUAAUAGAAAAUGUGAGCAUGUCCGGUGUAGCAGGGUUUGUGGAGAAAUUUGCGAUGUCGGACCAUGUAAAGAAAAAUGUCCAGAAGUUCGGAAAUGCGGCCACCCCUGUGUUGGUUUUUGCGGCGAUCCUUGUCCGAAAUUAUGCCGUGUCUGCAAUCGUGAAGAAUUGACAGAAAUUUUCUUUGGAACCGAGGACGCAGAAGAUGCAAUUUUUGUUCAGCUUAAAGAUUGCGGUGAUGUUAUAGAAAGUACAGCAUUGGAACGCCACUUAAAUGGAAAUGAGAAUGAAAUUGGAUAUAAGAAGUGUCCAAGAUGCAACACUAAUAUUUCAAGCACUGAGAGAUUUAGUCAUUACAUCAAACAGUCAAUUGAUGAUGUGAUAAAAGCCAAAGAAAAGUCUUUUGGAACAGCUUCAGAAAACGAAGAUAUGCGUUCAAAACUCUCUGAAGAAUUAUCAAAUUUGAAAGAGAAAUGUACAUAUGUGUCAAUGGCUUGCCCAUCAUUGAAACUCACUAUCAAUACCCUACUGAACCGUCUACAACCAGUCAGAAGUAAGCGCCGUCAACCCAUAAACAAAGUGGAAUUAAAUGCAAUUAAAUCGAAAACGCAAACCCUCUCAUACAUUAUCCAAUGCUUCAAAGAUGUCCAAAAAAUCUUCAAAAGUGACGACGCGUCAAUUGAACAGCUUACAAUGCUUUUGGAAGUGCUUUUACGUUCGGAAGAUCAUGUGACUCACCAAGAAGUCAACGAUUUGACAAUGGAAAUCAAACGAUUGCAAGGAAUAGUGCAAUAUGAUAAUAUUCACAAGUCAACUUGCUUCCAGAACGCUAUAACCAAAUCAGAUAUACUGAAUCUUAGAGAUUCCAUUCGAAAUGUUUUGUUUAAUAAUUCAAAAUACACUGACUCUUUGGAUGAUUGGAUUAAGCCAAAAUUGCGUGAAUUUGCCUUUAAAGUGAAUCCGACUUUGACUAUUAUUUCCGAUACGGAACGAAUUGAAAUAGUCCGAGCUAUGGAAUUAACCAAAGGACAUUGGUAUAAAUGUCCCAAUGGACAUCCUUAUGCUAUUGGCGAAUGUGGUGGUGCAAUGCAAACAGCUAAGUGCUUCUGUGGUGCACAAAUAGGAGGAACAGAUCACGCAUUAUUGAGAGAUAAUGCACUUGCUGGCGAAAUGGACGGGGCGACACGUUCAGCUUGGCCUGGACAUCUAUAUCGGGAUUAAGGAGAAAUAUCACAUGAAAUUAUAUGAUAGCAUUCAUGGCUGAAAGUGUUCUUAUAGGUUUACAUGUCUGAGUGCUGAGUAUGUUUUAACCACAACCAAUUUGAUAAAAGUCUCUUAUAGCAAUUUCCAGCUCUCAGAGUUGAAAGGAAAAAUCAAUAAUUAUUUUAGCCUCUUGCUUACCUUUAGUUUUGUCUUCAUUGCUGUGAGAGACUCUUCUUCAACAAACCAGAGAGUUUCUAGGGUUUUGUUAUUGAUAAAAAUAUGUUUAAUAUUACUAAUCCUUAGAUAACGGUUUUUAUUAUGCUUUUUUUGGUUAAAAGUGCUGAAUCAUUUUAGUAAAUGAUUAUGAUUAUUAGCUGAGUUGAGUUUUGGAAUCCAACAUAUGAGGAUUCCUGAAAUGGUUGAAAAAGUAAUCAGCGUUUACAAAAGGCAGUCAAUGAAUGAAUGUGAUAAAAUAUACCAAAUAAAGCUAAUAUUUAAUUUAAUCAAUAUUUAGUCAGGGGCAGAAAACGCGCUGCUUCCGCGCUUCCAUAAUACAAUACUACAUGGCAUUCAAAUUGUAUAAAAAUAAAAUCAAGUUUUUUUUUCUGUGUUUGCAACAAGACCCUCAGUAAUUUUUGCGGAAGCAGCGAGUUUGCAUACUUAUAUGGGUUUCCAAUUUCACAAUUAUCUUAUUUUAAAAUUAUUGUGUUCAAUUAUUUAUUUAUCUAUUAGAAUCAUGCACAAAAAUCUCUUAGUUUUUUU